AUGAAUUUUUCCAAGUCAUUUAAUUUUUUUAAAUUAUUAUUAGUUUCUAACUUAAUAGCAUAUACAUUCAAUGUUAGUUUAUUAUCAAGUUUAUUUAAGGAUGAAUUACUAUUAAUUAAUUAUGAAUUAGGACUAAUUACUAUUAGGAAUCUUGCGGAAAUGUCCCCAGAAAAAUUAAAAUCUAGUGUGAAAACUCAUGAGAGAAAAAAAUUUUUUAGUAGAGGAAUAUUCAAAGAUUGCCUUUCCUUGGAGAAUUCAUUAUUUUCAGAGUUAUUAACGAAACCUGAGAAACAAAGUGAUUCUGCAUCUGAUAUUUUAGAUAAUAUGGAAAAUGUCCUUUCUACUAUUUAUCAAAGAUUUAGUGAAGCGGGAAUAACAUUACCACUUACAAAAUUGCUAAAUAUUCAUUAUAGAGUGAAAGAAUAUAAUUUGUUAAAAGAAAAUUAUCCAUCAAAUAGUAGGGAAGAAAUAAUGAGUAAUAUUUUAAUUGCUCAAAAAUCAAUUUUUGAUGAAUUCUCGGAGGUAUAUAGUAAAGUUAUCAAUAUAGAUGGAGAAGAUGAAAAUCUAUUGAUUUAUAUUGAUGGAAUGUUAGAUGGAAUGGUAAAGAAAAUACCAUAUGCACUUAGAAAAUUUCAAUCAUUAGAGAGUUUGAGAUAUGAUCAUAUGGAUAAAUUAAAUCGUAUAAUGAUCUUGUCUAUUGAAGAUACUAUGAGUUUAGAUAGAAAAUUAUAUAAAUCUAAGGAAAUGAAUGCAUAUGAUAUGGGAGGUAUUUUUAACAUAGAACAUGGAUCAUACAGGGAAUUACUUUAUCAUAUAUUCACUAAAAAAUAUGAUAAAGCAUCUAUUUGCGAUAAUAGUAGUAUUAUAAUGAAUACUAUUAUUAUAUAUUAUAGUAAAUUAUUACCUAGGAUGACAUAUGAACAAUUUAAAAUUAUGUAUCAUAGAUUAUUAGAACGUAUUAUUGAUUUAAGUGAUGAGGAAUUAACACAGCAUAAAAUGGAUAGAUUAAAUGAUAUUCAUUUUUUGGAAACCCAAAUAAAUGUGAAUCAUGCAAUGAGGAAAUUUAACAAGCUUCAUGAACAAGAAACACAAGAGGAUUUAAAGGAUACAGAUAUAAAAAAUGAAGUUAUGGAAGCUUUACAAUCAAGAAAUAUUUCAUUAUCAUCAAAUGAAAUGGAUAAAAUGGUAGAUAGAAUACGUAGAUCCUACUAUAUAUAUUAA